AACAGAUAUAAUUGUUAUGUGUUAUCAGACAUCCGUAUUGAUAAGAUUAAUACGGUCAUAUCAGAUUUAAAAUGUUCUGAAAUUUACAAAUAUAUUUGCAUUGAGUGCUGUUUCAUACUGCAAUGUGUCCGUUCUCGCGAAAUGAUUUUUACGUGUAUUGUUAUGUCUUUAUAUUAGACACGUAAUCAUUAAUCAUGUUAAUGCGAAUGAAAUUUGGAUAAUGAAUAGCUGGUUGUUUGCCUAUAAAUAGACGUGACAUCAUUGAAUUUUUACUAGGGUACUUAUGUUUUUGCAUUGCAAUAAUAAAUGCAACUGCGAAUUUAGGUAUUAUAACACUCAUAUUUAAAUAAAGAAUAUAUAAUUUUUAAUCUUGAUUUAUUUCAAAUUUAAUGUUUUUUAUUUUUGUAUUUUUUAUCAUAUCUUAAUUCGGUUCAUAUCAAAUGUUCAUAUAGAAUUGAUCUUUUAAUCUUUAUCUCUGUCAUUUGCUGUCAUUUCCAAUGUUUCAUGCUGUGUUUGCGACGAUUGUGCUGAUACAGGCCGCAGCAAACGAAUAAUGACACUUACACAAUUCGUACAAAUUCGUAUUUUUGUAAUAUUAGGGAUUGGUAUUCUCGGCGUCUUGAUCGCAAUUUGUUACAAAAUAAGGGCAAAGCAGCUCAGAGCAAGACGAGCUGCUAGAUGCAGAGGUAUCAUAUUACAAGAGCACCGUGACAUGACGCGUUGCAGCAUUAUCGAAGAUUUACCGGGAAGACCACCUUCGUACAACGAAGUCGUUCAUGAUACUCCGCCCGACUACGCAUCUUGCAACAAUGCUCCUCCUCUCUAUAACAAGACGAGCAUGCUGGAAGUUCCAUUGUCGUGUCCGAGAAUUCCGAAACCACAAGAGAGAUCCCGAGAUUCGAAUGAGCCUUCUCUACCUUCCAUUGCUCAACAUAUAUAAUGAUUGCUCUAAAUGAUUUGUUCACUACGUCUACGUAUACAUAUACACUCAAAUGAAAAUAAUUUUUUAGAUUUAUCUUAGAGGAAGUGGCUUUCGUUGCUUCAACCGAUAACAGAAAUAUUAAUCGUUUGAAACUGCGAAUAUACGUUACAUUAUUUUCCAUAAAAAUUUCAACCAUACAAAAAAAUGUUACGUUUUUAAACAUCCUAAUACAAUAUUAUAAUCCCGAUAGUCUCGCAAACGUAAGUCGUCCGAGGAUCUCGGACAUUGUAACGCAGUGGAGAGGUAAUGAACAUUACGCCUCGUUGUUAUAUAAUGAAAAUGUCAUUUAUUUGAUGUGGUGCAAUGACUUAAAGUAAAAUGGAAAAUGAAUGUCUGCGUGUAUGAGCUGGGUUCAAUGAGCGGCGCGCGUAACAUUUCCUCGCAGAUCAGCCACUACCGUA